AACCAAUUAGAGCUAUGCUUCUUUUAUCCAUCUUAUUAUUUACGGCAGCAAUGCCUUUCUCAACCCUUCUCAUGAGCUCACUAGUAAUCAUUAGAGUAGCCAUCUUAGUAAUUCUCUUAUGCUCGCUAUUGGCCUUUAAUUCUUACUUUAUUGAGCCUUUAGGAGUAGGCGUAGGGAUCUAUGGUGGACUCUCCCUGCUCUCUGUUAUUUCACAUGGUUUAACUACCUUAAUCCUGGCCUCCGCUUGCUUAUUUAUGCUUGUAGCUUCCGGUUCUUUAAGCCAUCCGCAUAGCGGGCAUCUAAGCAACCCCCUGGCUCCGUGCUACCCUAUUAGCAUCAGGACGCCAGGAGCCCCUCUCCCUGAAUUGCCUCUAAUAAUUCUAAUCACUACUCUAGGUAUGACUACCCUAGUAACUAGUUCUGAUUUACUAACCGUUUACUUGUCUGUAGAGCUUCAAACCCUCCCAGUUUACAUCCUCGCCUGCUUGAACCGUGAGUCUGAGGCAGCAACUUCAGCCGGCCUUAAAUACUUCCUAAUAGGAGCGCUCUCCAGUAGCUUUAUCCUGCUUGGGUCUAGCCUUAUCUAUGGGUUAUCAGGGGUCACUAGUUUAGAAGGGCUUUAUCUGCUCAGCUCAAUGGGUGAAGGGUUUACCGCCUUGGUAAUUCCUGAAGUAAUAAUAGGUAUUGCCCUUCUAAUCAAACUAGGUGCAGCUCCCUUCCAUUUCUGGCCCCCUGAUGUCUAUGACGGGGUACCGACAUUGGUCACUACAUGGGUAGCUAUUAUGCCGAAACUCGGCAUACUUGGGUUCCUAGCACUCUUCCAGGGGUUUAGCCUUAUUCGGGGCGAUCUGGUUACCGGUUAUACUUAUUGGGGCUUAAUUCUGGUAGCUUCGGCACUUCUAUCGCUUGUGAUUGCUCCUCUGCUCGCCCUAGCUCAAUACCGUAUUAAACGCUUGGUAGCUUACAGUUCGAUCUCCCACAUGGGGUUCAUGCUUCUAGCUCUAGCCUUGCAAUCUCCUCAGGCUCUCGAGGCCUUUCUGUUCUACCUAAUCCAGUAUGUGGUUACCUCCUUCAACCUAUUUUUCGUGCUCAUUGCCUUUCCUUUCCAGCUAUCAAGCUCUUCCCUACGGGGAAUCCUACCGGCUCCUGCGUUAAGGCUCAGCUUUGCAGUCACCCUAUUCUCCAUGGCAGCUUUGGGUAAUCAGCAGGAAACCUCACUAACGAAACUUGAGAUCCUCAGAGACUGCAACUACGUCGCAGCGGGGGGGCCGCGUCAACGACGGAUCUCAAGCUAUAUGAACGAUAGUAAGUCCCACGGUAUCAUCGGACAAGCUCUCCUCAAAUAUGGACUUGUCGGCUUCAUCUUGGUUAUUUUUCUCGUCCCUGAGGCUACAGGUGCUUUGGUUCUUUCUUUAGAGCAGUCGGUUCUUGAUAGUUGUCCGGUCGCCGGAGUAAAGCGCUCUGAAGAGACGAAGGCCAAGCGGGAGGGGGAGUAUCCCAUAGUCUGGGACGCCGGCCCCGCGUACGCUCCGGCGCGGCAAACGUACGUCGCCGGACCGGGGCAUAAACACUCUGAGGAAACGAAGAACAAAAUCUCUGCUGCUCUGAAGGGACGGGAGCUUUCUGAAGAAACGAAGGCGAAAAUGUCUGCAAGGAAGCAAGGGGCAAGCCAUCCCUCCUUUAACCGAGAUCUAGAUUGGCUGAGUUUUUAG